AUGUCUUCCCAGCAAAACCAGCAGAAAUGCCAGCUCUCUGCUAAGUGUCCACCCAAGUGCCCUCUUCGAGGUCCCCAGUCUCCUGCCUCCUGUCUCCCUCCCAGUGCCCCUCCGGCUCCCUCCUGCUGUGUUUCCACCUGUUUUAUUUCUGGCCUUAGAGGCAGCCUCUCUUUGGUAUCACACCGAUUUCCUCGAUUCUACCUUCGGCAGCCUCAGUGUUCUGAGUGCCCUGAGAACAGAUUUGCAGGGUGUUCAAGCUCUUGUCCUAGUUCUGGACACUGUAGCUGA